ACUUCUCUCUCCCUCACUAUAUAACAGUGACCAAGCAAAUCAUUCAGCACACACUUCUAGACCAGAUUUUGUGUGAGAAGAUACUCUGAAGAAUGAGGAUCCUGAUGUCUCUGUUGCUGCUGGUGCUGUUCUGCUCUCUUCAGCUGACUUCAAGUGCUCCUCAUGCACUUGAAUCAUCAUCAUGCUGUGUCCAGUUCUAUAAAAAGAAAAUUCCUUUGAACCUGGUGGUGUCUUUUUACCGGACCGGAAGCAACUGUCCCAUAUCAGCUAUUGUGUUUCGAACUGCUGCUGGAAGGGAGUUCUGUUUAGAUCCAGACAGCAGCUGGGUGAAGAAGCAUAUUACAAAAGUGAAAAGCAGAACAACAACCUCUACUACAACAAAGACUCUAAGCACUACAGUUUAAAUACUGUAUCUUGUUCAGCAUUUAUUGGGGAAAAUGUUUAGAAUUAUUUCUCUAUUAUUUCUGUAGAGCGAUUAUUUAUCUUAAAUUUGCUUAAAUUAUAUUUCACUGUACACCAGCUGCAUCAAAAGCAGUUUUCUGUAUAUUUAAAUUAAUGUAAAGUUGCAUUGUUG